UUGACAAUACGGUUCCACCCAAGUGGAGCAAAGAACAACAAUGGAAGCAAUGGGUCAAGCUGCUCCGUGACCACCUCCGCGCAUAUAUCGGUGUCAAUGGCAUCCCUCUUGUUUAUGUGGUCCGCGAAAAUGCAGCUCAAGACCCAACACCACAAGACGAUUUUCUUGACGAAUGCAUCAAUAUGGCUCUACUUGUUGGAACCGCCUUUAUUGUGGAUAACAAACAAGUGCUGGCUCUACUGAACAAAUUUAUCAUGGGUUGUUCUGAAGCUGAAAUGGUGAUACAAGCGCUCAAUACUACUACUGAUGGUAGAGCUGCUUUCUUUGCAUUGAAAACAUUUUAUGAAGGUGAAGGCAUUUUCGCUCAUGAUGUCAUGGCGGCGGAAAACAUCAUUGCAACACUUUUCUAUGCAGGAGAAAAACGUCCAGCUAUGUACUGGCAGAAAUUUGAACAAAUAUUAAAUAAUGCCUAUGCAACCAUGCAUCACGAAUAUGGCUGUGUAAUGUAUACUGACGUUAUGAAACUACGAUCCCUCCAACAAAGAAUCAAAGCUGACUUCCUGUCACAGACAAAAGCGGCAAUUGAAGCUAACAUGCAUGCUAUUCCUAUGACUAUGACAUAUGAUCAGGCCAUGCGAAUGUACCGUUCCAAGGUGUCAGAAAAAUUCCCCCCAGCUUCCGUAGCUGCCGUUGCUCGGGGGCGACACGUCAGAGAGAACAAUCGAAACACACGUGGGGGAGGACGUGGCGGCGGACGUGGACGAGGGGGUUGCAACCACCGCAACAAUUCCCGUGAUAACCGCCGUUACAAUGGAAAUCGUCAACAACAUCCGGAGGAAUGCAAUAUCACUUUGAGUGAUGGGAAAGUCAUCAAGUACCAUCCGAGUUACAACUUUUCUCCUGAACACUUGGACCUGAUGACACAAGACCAACGCAACACAAUGACGGCCGAAAGGACAGCUUAUCGCAAUCGAAACAAAAAUAACCAAGACAAUGCUAGUACCAACGAAAAUACAAGAAAUAUAGCCGCACUGACUUCUCUGAUUGGCGAUUUGACCAACCGUUUGACUGUACCAACCAAAAUCACACAAGAUACUGCUGCUACUCAAAUCUCCCAAGUCACUACUGGCACCAACGGGCGAUCCAUCAUUGGAGGACGUCUACAACAAGCCCAACAGCAACAAAAUGGAGGAAGUGGGACAACGCAAAGACUUGGUGUCCAAGAACCUGUGGCUGGCACUUACGCCGACAAUGAAAUGGACACAAAUGCUGACACUUGUUGCUUGGGUAACAAUUUCAUUAUUACUGCUUACACACAACGCUCGGCCGAUGUAUACGCCUAUGAUUCCAGUCUACCGCCAACUCAUGUUCCAAUUGUUUCAGGGGCGACAGCAUAUGAUUGUCCAGAAACUGGUUCUACUUUUAUUUUGAUCAUAAACGAAGCGCUCUACUAUGGAAACAAGUUGGACCACUCCUUGUUCAACCCAAAUCAGAUUCGAAGUUACGGUACUCCCCUUUGGGACAACCCAUAUGAUGAUAUGCAUGAAAUUGGGAUUGAGGCUACGGACUUGUUCAUACCACUACUAUCAAGGGGCACCAAGCUACUCUUUGGCACACGUGCUCCCACUAAGCAGGAACUUGAAACGUGCCACCAUAUUGAGCUCACAAGUAAAGUGCCAUGGGAACCGUCCACUGUGCAACUUGGGAAACUCUCAACGCGACGAAAUACUCCUUUUGAAGAUCCACGAUCAAAUGAAUCUGAAAUGCGCAGUUUAGAUCCUGUGCAACACAACUUACAACAAUGGCGUGUUGUACAACAAAUCAAUGCAACUGCUGAUAGGUUUCAAGAUGUUCCAGUCCGGCCAUCAUUUGUAUCAACUGAACGCCACUCCAAGGUCACCGCGGAGAAUCUUUCUGAACGCUUGGGAAUCAGCAUUGGUAGAGCCAGGGCUACAUUAAACGCAACACUGCAACGUGGAACCAGAUCCGCUAUUAUGCCACUUGCAAGGAGAUAUCAAGCCGAUCGGAUGUUUGAACGCCCACGAUUGAAGGGAAAAUUUUCUACUGAUACUGCCUACUUCAAACGAACUUCUCUUCGAGGUAACAUUGCCAGCCAGGUAUACUUUCACAAAUGUGGGUUUUACAGUUGUCACCACUUGCAGAAAGUUAAUGAUGCACAAGUUGGGCCAACCUUGAACAAGUUUAUUUCCAAAUAUGGUAUACCGGAGCACCUUACGAUGGAUGGUGCACCUGUCCAGAUUGGACGGAAGACUACAUUUAUGGAUACAAUUAGCCCUUUCUGUUUCUCAUGUGUCAUAGGGAAUGGAAGACCCUGA